CCCAACCACAGCCGGCAUCACAGACACCAACACACCACCCCAUUUGGUGCGCCUUGACCAAUCUCCAGUGUGGAGGAAGGCAUUUUGUGUGUAUCUGAACCAAUCUGAGUCUGCCUUGCUCAAUAGUCACACCGAAAAGUGGCGCCAAAUGUCGAUGUGGGGUUUAAACGCGCGUCUGCACGGUUCUGAGCAAAGGAUCUUUGGUUCUGAGCUUAUCCAUUUUAACCUGGAACAUUCAUGGUAACCUUUGAGAAGAGUAAAACCAAAUAAUGGGGAUUCAAGGAUUGCUACAGUUUGUUAAGGAAGCAUCAGAACCAAUUCAUGUCAAGAAGUACAAAGGACAGACUGUGGCAUUGGAUAUGUAUUGCUGGCUUCACAAAGGUGCAUUUGCAUGUGCUGAUAAAUUGGCAAAAGGAGAGCCGACUGACCAGUAUGUUAGUUAUUGUUUAAAAUUUGUUGAAAUGUUGGAAUCUUUUGGAGUUAAACCAGUCCUGGUUUUUGAUGGGUGCACUUUGCCUUCCAAAACAGCGGUGGAAAAGGCUCGAAGAUUGUAUAGGCAAACAAACUUGCAGAAAGGGAAGCAGCUUCUUCGUGAAGGCAAAACAGCAGAAGCCCGGGAGUGUUUUACACGAUGUGUCAACAUAACACCUGCAAUGGCACAUGAGGUGAUAAAGAUUGCAAGAGCAAGAGGGAUGGACUGUAUUGUAGCACCUUAUGAGGCUGAUGCACAAUUGGCCUAUUUAAAUAAGAUCGGCAUUGCUCAAGCAGUAAUCACAGAAGAUUCGGACCUAUUGGCAUUUGGAUGUAACAAGGUUGUACUUAAAGUGGACAAGUAUGGAAAUGGCAUUGAAAUUGACAAGGCUCGUUUUGGCAAAUGCAAGCAACUGGGAGAUGUGUUCACUGAAGAGAAGUUCAGAUAUAUGUGUAUUUUAUCAGGAUGUGAUUAUUUGCCAUCCAUUCAUGGAAUUGGUUUGGGCAAAGCAUGCAAGCUGCUGCGAAUUGCUAGCAAUCCAGAUAUCAUAAUAGUGAUUAAAAAAAUGGGACAAUACUUGAAGACAAAUGUGAUUGUGCCAGAAGAAUACACAGAUGGGUUCAUUCGGGCAAAUAACACAUUUCUAUAUCAAUUGGUGUUUGAUCCAUUGAAGCGGAAGCUUGUUCCUUUAAAUGAUUAUUCAAAUGAUGUUGAUCCUAAAUCUAUUGAGUACGCUGGGCACCACUUUGGUGAUGAGAAAGCUUUACAUAUAGCACUUGGAAAUAUAGAUAUUAAGACUUUGGAAUUCAUAGACAACUUCAACCCAUGCACUUUGCAGAUUCCGCCAAAAAGGUCAAGUGGAUGGAAGAACAAUGAGGCAAAUAAGCAGAGAGCUCUGCAUAUGCUCAGUAUAUGGAGCAAAGACUAUAGACCAUAUGGAAAUCAUCUCUCGGUCCCAAAGCCAGAACAAUCACCAGAGAAACCCUGCACCAAGGGUAUGGAGAAAGUGAUCAGCAUUCAACAUUUUAAACUUCCCAAAAGAGUGAUAUUGGCGAAAAGAGCAAGAGAAGAUGAAAGUCUUUCAGACAGAGAUUUGAUACAGCAGUACACAUUUCCAAAUAAUAAAAGAACAAGAGGCGUUGAGGACCUGCAUCCACAAUCUCCCUCCGAACUGGAUGUGUCCUCAUCAUCAACAGACCGUUCAACCACAGAGGAUAGCCCAAGGCCACAUUGCAAGUUGCGGAAUCGAUUUGCUACUUUUUUAGCAAAAAGAAAUGAAGAUUCGGGCACCGUUGUUGUUCCUGGAACCAGAAGCCGGUUCUUCUGCAUGCCCAAAGCUGGUGCUCCAGAUUCAGACAUUGAAUCCAGUUUAGUAACUAAUGCAACAGAGGAACUGAGGGACCCAAGACCAACACAUUCUUGUAAGAACGAGAAGAAUGAUGUUUUGACGAGCAUAUUUAGCAAUGAAGGUGAACAGGAUGAAAAGCCACUUGAGAGUUUGAACAUUGAUCCAAAUACAAAUAUGGUUCCUGCAAGGGUUCAUUUGGAGGCCAGGAGAAACUUGAGUGCUUUCGGUUGGUCUGGAGGACUGAGGGAAAAAUCGGGUAAUUCGAGCCCUGCUGCCGGUUUAUCUGUGUUGCAGCAGUUCCACAGAAAGGUAGCACACCCAUCUCAAUCUAAAUGUACUGAUGGUAAAACGAUAACAGAAUUGGAUCAGAAUAUAACACAGUAUCAACCAAACUUUCCAAAACAAUCUGAAGAAUCCAAAGAUGAUAGCUGUGAGCUGCUGAACUCCUCACCUUCACUUCUCAGUGUUAGGUCUGCUCUGGGCAGUUUCAACUCCUCUGGUUCUUUGUCAACAUCUACAAGCUCUGAGUUGGCUGAACCAAAUGAUCGUGCAGCAUCUCAUGAUCAAUGUUCCAGUGCCCUCACUUUGCCAUCUUUACCAGAGACAACUAAUAGAACUGUAAAGCAUCGGAUUCUUGGAUUACCCAGACUGGGCUCUGGAUCUGCAAAAAAAAUCACAAAACUGAAGCUUCCAGAAUCGGCGAGAGCCAGUGGAUUAAUCCAAAGUUCACUGAAAUCUGCACCAAACAAUGAGAACAAGCCUGAGCUACAGGCCACCAUCCAUGACUUGUGGAACAAAUUUGAGUUUAAGCGAAAAUCCAAGUUGGUUCGAUCGUUUGAAAUACCUGAGCCAAUGACCCCUAUCAAGGACAACUUGCAACCCUUGACGCCAGAGAUUGAUCAAAGUAUUUUAUUAAGAUCUGAAUGUAUUUCUGUACAGAGAGCCAUACAAUGGCUCGAAAAUUCACAGGACAUGCGACGAUUCUUUUCCUUUUGAAAUAUAAUGCCAUGGAUUGUGGACACCAAUAAGUCAAGCUGAUCGUUUUGUGGCAUUAACAAGGAAGGUGAAUUCAACAUUGCACCCAUUCAUUUCUAUUCUCAUGCGUGAAAUAAUUGUGACAUUUGAAAUACCCUCUAGUAUUUUUCCCCUUCCUACCCAAUUUCCCCCCCAGUCCUACCUUUAAUCAUCCACCCUGUAGUGGUUCUGGCCCAACUUUUAUUGUUUUGGUCAUUGGAAUUAGUCAACAGCUAUUGAGAAUUGAUUUGUUGGAGUGGCGUCGUUAACAAGGGAUUAUAUUUUGUCACAAAGAAGUAAUUCUAACUUGUAUUUAUAUCAACUCAGUUCUAUAGUAAUGUUAGAUGUGGCUAAAUGAUACUUUGUUUUCAGUAGGAUUUGAGUUCAAAUUGCAUCUGAGGAACAUAAACUACACUAGUCUUUGGUGCCAUCAUACAGAUGAAAUGAUAAUUAAAACCCCCUCCCAAUGCAAAAAAAAAAAAAAAAAAUGCAGAGCAGGACAUCCAGCACUUAAUAAGCAAGUUAUGAUAAUGAAUGUGGCCGAUGGCUGCAAGCAGCAAAUUCUUAGGAUGAGGCAGGUUGAACUGGUACACAUUCAUGGAUUUUGCACAUUCCCCAUUGCUGCCAGUGUUCUCAAAUUGCUCCGAGGCAGAUGUGGUUGGACUUUGCCUCUGGGGGCAAUGUAUGAUCAGCUGACAAAGCAGGUUUAAUUGAUCUUGGUUGAAGUGACUAUAUAAAACAUUUUAAUCCACACAGCACAGAGAAAGAUUUUAUUUGCAAAUUAUUUGUAAUCUUCAGCAAGCUCAUUUUGUAUUUCUGUUCAAAGGUAUCAAUCUAUUAGAUCUAUUUUGGUUCUCACCUUGUAAAAGAUUGUGGAAAUAAAAUCCUGGAAAUACCAA